AUGAAUUCGAAAGUUUAUCUAAUUCUUGUGUCUGUCAUUGGCUUUCCGGCAGUUUCCGCUAUAAUCGGAAUUGGAAAGCAACAAUCAGCUGGUGCACAGGGAAACAUCACCUGCAGGGGAGUACCGGCAAACAAUGUCACAGUGACACUCUAUGAUAGCGAUUUGUUAUGGGACUCAAAACUGGAUGAAGUACAAACUAUUCAUGAUGGUACAUUCCAAUUACACGGCACGAAAAGUGAACUCACUGCUAUAGAGCCGUAUGUGGAAAUUUCCCACCAUUGCAAUGUGAAAGAUUUGUUGGUCAUCUCCGUACGACGACGAAGACGUCACAUCGAGAAGACCAGCAACUGUGGACCGUCGACUAGGAUCAUCGGUUCUGAUGAAGACGAAGAUAUCGAAAUGUAA